CCAUCACAGAUGAGACUCUGAGCUUCGUGGCUCGGAGCCGGCGCCUCCUGGUGGUGGUCAGUCCGGGCUACGCCUCGCAGGGCUCCCAGGCUCUGCUGGAGCUGAAGGCCGGCAUCGACGGCAUGGCACUGGGUGGACACCUGCGGGUCAUCCUGGUCCAGUACAAACCGGUCCAGAGGCAGGUUUGGGUCAGGGAGCUGAGGAGGGCCCGGGUGGCUCUGGCGCUGGUCCGAUGGCAGGGGGACAAGUCCAAAGAACUGACGUCCCGUUUCUGGAAGCGGCUGAGGGUGGAGCUGCCUGUCAGGAGGGUCAGCAGCAGGGAGGAGGGGCUUCUCAUGAGGCUCCACAGUCAGAACAGCACAAACUCCCAAACUGGACUCCUCAGCAGCACCAACGACCCGCUGAAGCUUUUUAACUCUGGAGUGUAGCAGCGCCCCCUGUAGGGUGCACAGCUCCCUGUAGGGUGCACAGCUCCCUGUAGGGUGCACAGCUCCCUGUAGGGUGCACAGCCCCCUGUAGGGUGCACAGCUCCCUGUAGGGUGCAGAGCCCCCUGUAGGGUGCACAGCUCCCUGUAGGGUGCAGAGCCCCCUGUAGGGUGCACAGCUCCCUGUAGGGUGCAGCGCCCCCUGUAGGGUGCACAGCUCCCUGUAGGGUGCAGCGCCCCCUGUAGGGUGCACAGCUCCCUGUAGGGUGCAGAGCUCCCUGUAGGGUGCAGCAGGGUGCAGCGCCCCCUGUAGGGUGCAGAACUGUCCUAAAGGAGCCUUAAAGCUGGACUGUUGGAGCCACAACAGAACCACUGACUUUGUUCUUUGAAAUUCAAGGGUUUUCAUCUAAAAUCUAAGAUUUUUACAAACGUAUCAGUUCUGUUUUCCUUCAGGCAGAAGCUGCUGGAGGAGCUGAACUUCAUCCAAACCUAGUUCUGAAAACAGUUUAGAAAAUAAACAUGAAAACAGAAUGAAGUGGUUUAUAAA